AUGACAUUUAAAAAGAUUGAAAAUGUGGCUUGUGUUGGAGCAGGAUAUGUUGGUGGACCAACAUGUGCAAUGAUUGCUUAUAAAUGUGAUUAUAUUAAAGUUACUGUAAUGGAUAUAAAUGAGGAAAAAAUUAAUCAGUGGAAUUCAGAUGAUCUUCCAAUUUAUGAACCUGGUCUUGAUCAAAUUGUUAAAGAAAGAAGAGGAAAAAAUUUAUUUUUUUCUACUGAUGUUAAAGGAACAAUUGAAAAUGCUGAUUUAAUAUUUAUUUCAGUAAAUACACCAACAAAACAUUAUGGUAGAGGAAAAGGAAUGGCACCAGAUUUAAAGUAUGUUGAAUCUGUAGCAAGAAUGAUUGCAAAAUAUGGAAAAGGUUCUACAAUUGUUGUUGAAAAAAGUACUGUGCCUGUAAGAGCUGCACAAUCUAUUGGAAUAAUAUUAAAAGAAGCACAAAAAAAAAAUCCUGAAUUGAAAUUUCAAGUUCUUUCAAAUCCAGAAUUUCUUGCUGAAGGAACAGCUAUUAAUGAUUUAGCUAAUCCUGAUAGAGUAUUAAUUGGUGGAGAAGAUUCUGAAGAAGGAAAUGAAGCAGUAAGAAGAUUAGUUGAAGUUUAUGAAAAUUGGGUACCAAAAGAAAGAUGUAUUACUACAAAUACAUGGUCAUCUGAAUUGUCAAAACUUGCUGCAAAUGCUUUUCUAGCUCAAAGAAUUUCAUCAAUAAAUUCUAUUUCUGCAAUUUGUGAAGCUACUGGUGCUGAUGUAGGACAAGUAGCACUAGCUAUUGGAAAAGAUAAUCGUAUAGGAUCCAAAUUUUUACAAGCUUCAGUAGGAUUCGGUGGUAGUUGCUUUCAAAAAGAUGUAUUAUCACUUGUUUAUUUAUGUGAAUCUCUUAAUUUAAAAGAACCUGCUGCAUAUUGGUCUUCUGUUGUUGAGAUUAAUCAAUGGCAACGUAAAAGAUUUGCUCAUUGUAUCAUUACAGAACUUUUUAAUACUGUUGCUGGAAAAAAAAUAACAUUUUUUGGUUUCGCUUUUAAAAAAAAUACUGGUGAUACAAGAGAAUCAUCUGCUAUUGCUGUAGGAAAACAUUUACUUGAUGAAUGUGCUGAUUUACAUAUUUAUGAUCCUAAAGUUCCUGAAACAACAAUAAGAUCAGAUUUGCUAUCUGUCAUUUCUAACAAAAAUAUUAUUGAUAAUCAUGUUACAAUUCAUAAAUGUCCAUAUGAAGCAGUAAAAAAUUCACAUGCUAUUGUGAUAUUAACUGAAUGGGAUGAAUUUAAUACAUAUGAUUAUAAUAGAAUUUUAAAUUCUAUGGUAAAUCCAGCUACCAUUUUUGAUGGAAGAAGAAUAUUAAAUUCAAGCCUUUUAAAAAAAAUUGGUUUUAGAGUUUUUACAAUUGGUACAACUCCAACACAAAGUUAUAGUCUUUUCCACUAA